AUCAGUAUCAGAAGUUCGCACAAAUUCGUAGGUGGCACAAGCCUAGAAUAUUGUAUGAAAAUAGCAUUCACUUCCAUCCGUUACCACAGAUAUUGAUUAGGGACUAAUCUCUACCUCCUAGAUCAGCGGUUCUCUAUCUUUUCCUUGAGUGGUACCCCAUCAGAUCUUUGCAUAGCUUGUAAUCAGUGGUGUAUGAAGUGUCCCAAGAUUAGUGAGAAUUUCGAAGUUUUUAUAUCGAUACCUAGAAAACAUUUGAAUGUUUACGUUGGACAGCAUCCGAUAUCCAUGUGUAGAAUUACUGAUUCCCCAAUAUCGAAUCAAAUUAGUGAUACCCUGGAAGAUAUUCGUUACAACAACGGUUGAUGGAUAGAUUUACAAAUUCGUGAAGAAACCCAAUUUAGUUCGAAGAAUCUACAGUUCUAGUCACAGAUAUCUGGUCACGUAAACCUUAGAAAUUGGAGAUAAGUUAAGUUUAUAGAAGCAUAUGUUUGUGGUCUAUUGUCAUCAAUAUACUGCUAAAAAUAUAGACACUUCCGAAGGAAGGGUCAAAACAAGCAACAAUGGUAGACCCUAUACCGUCGAUUAUGAAAGACUUCGGAACGUGGCAGCUCAGAGCGGUGCUGCUGAUAUAUUUGAGCAAAAUUCCGGCGGCGUGGUUGAUGGCGUGUUUGAUUUAUACCGGACCGGCCCCCAAGACCGGUGAUUUCUACUGCAAGCCGCCCGUAUCAGUGGAAGUUCAAUUUAACGAAACGCGAUGGAUCGCGGCUUCUCAUCCGAUCAUGGGAAUAGCCGGCACCCAGGAGCCUGUCGUCGAUUAUUGUAAUGUGUUCGAGAAUAGUGUGGAGAACUAUAAUGACCCUACCCUAACCUCAUGGCUUCAGCCCAGUAACGACACGAAAAUAAAGCCUUGUCCAGAAUUUGAGCACCGUUCGGGAUAUAAGUCCAUUAUUACGCAGUUCGAUUUGGUAUGCUCGAGAUAUUUGCUGAUAGCAACCACUCAGAGUGCCCAUUUGUUUGGCGUACUUCUUGGAGGAAUUAUUUCCACUCAGCUACUUCAGUCAAUAAGUCCAAGAAACUUAAUGUUAUUAGGAAUGUACAUCCAAAUCGCGUGCGGUUGCAUAACAGGGUACAUAACCGUCUACGAAAUGCACACGCUGUUCCGUUGUUUGAGCGCUCUUUUCUGUGCAUUCAUGUAUACGGGUGGUGCUGUCAUAAUGAACGACAUCACCGGGGGCAAGUUCAAAACCGUCACCAUAUGCCUGUUUGAACAGUUUUGGGCGAUCGGUGUGAUGCUGCUUCCCGGGUUGGACAUGCUAACAAACAGUUGGUCCGAGCUGUACCUAGCCCUAUCGUUGCCGACAUUCGCGUUGAUUUUUCUACACCGGUGGAUUCCGGAUUCACCGAGAUGGCUUCUGAAGCAGGGGAGGAUUCGCGAAGCCAAAGCCUGUUUGGAGGAAGCAGCCAGAUGUAAUGGCACCGAAGAGCACAUUUCGAGUGAUUUUGAGCAUCAGCUGAAGUCGAUGUCCGAGGCGGCUGCAGCGCGACCGGAUCCCGAUCCGUGGUGGACCAUCUGGAGGGAGAAAGCACCUGUCCGGAAUCUGAUUUUGCUGCAUCUGGCAUGGGGCAUUUUCCUAACCAUGUACUACGGAACGCUGUUGAACAUCACUGCCUUCGGAAGGGAGCAAAUUCAUCUGAAUACGGUGUUUGCGGGUGCAUCAGAAAUGACUGGAACAUUCAUCGGGCUAUGUCUGAUCAUGCUUACGAAGAACAAAUGGCAAUGGUGCGGAUUAUUCAACGUAGUUGGAGGUUCAGUGGCUUAUCUGGCAUGGUUAAUUCCAACUGAUAUUACGAAUGAUGAUCGAGUUGCGCUUCUGAUGGGCACGGCCAUGGUCUCAAAGAUGAGCAUUUCCUGUAGCUUGGCUUUGCUGUUCACCUGUACGGCGGAAUUGGUUGAAACAAGCAAAAAGAGUGGCGCGGUCUACUCCUGCACAAUUUGGGGAAGGACCUGUUUUCUGGUGGCUCCAUUCAUAGUCGCCACGGUCAAAUUCGGACAGUUGAUUCCCCUGACGGCAUUCGGAUCCAUAGUCAUAGUUGGUGGAAUUAUCGUACUAUGCAUCAAAGAAAAACCUCAAGCUAAAACCCAGCGCAACUCAAUCUAUCCAGAAACAAUGUUGACAUCUAUCAACCGGUUACCAGAGAAAACAGCAGAUGUCUUCGAACAUAGGUUUUAGUGGCAGAGCGGUGUAAACUUUUUCGUUUGUCUGUGAAUGCGUGUUUUCUCUAGACUAGAAUACCAAAUCGAAUAAAACGUUGUUACCGUUAACGUAAAUAGGUCGAACAUUUGUGGUUUAAUUAUUAUCGAAUUGCGUUCUUAAUGGGCAAAGUCUAAUACAAUGCGAAUCUAAUCUUGAAUUUAAACACCCGCAAUU